AAGGGUAGAAACAAGGAUUACAUAGAACACUGUUACAACAAUCUGGCAACCCAGAGCCGAGCGGAAUACUCCACCGGACGCUCUUUUCACCAGCGGAAUUGGUUCACUUCAAUUAAAGAAGAAGAUGAACACCAACGACGCCAAGGACUAUCUCUCCAAACGACAGAUCCCUCAUCUGUUUGAGAGCAUGUUGACUGGCUUGAUGUAUCACCGCCCUGAGGACCCUUUGGGCUUCCUGGAAAACUGCCUGCAGAAAACAAGAGAGCUCGGAGGUCCUGAAUGUGUGGCCUGGGACACCUUCAUCAUGCCUGAUCGUAAACCACUACCACCGAUUACCACUGCACAGGGAAAGAAAGCCCCCUGCAAGCUGGACAGUGGUCCUGGUCCUGGGCCUUACCGACGCUAUGACAGAUUGCCUCCCAUUCAGGCUCAGUUCUCCAUUGAGAGUGAUUCUGAUAUGACUGAGUCCUCUGGCCUCAUACAGGAGUAUGAUGUCUUUGACCCAUUAAAACCAAGGCCACACAUCAUAUUCAUCAUAGGUGGUCCAGGCAGUGGAAAGGGCACUCAGACGGCUAAGAUCGCAGCUCAUUAUGACUUUGAGUGUGUGUCUGUCGGGGAAAUUUUAAGAAACCAGCUGCUUCAGCAUGCUCCCAGUGACAGGAAAUGGGAACUGAUCGCUCAAAUCAUUGCCAACGGAGAACUGGCACCUCAGGAGACGACAAUCGAGGAGCUCAAGCAUCAAUUCAUCAAGAAACAAGAUGCCAAAGGUUUCAUUGUGGAUGGAUUCCCACGUGAAAUAUCUCAGGUGUUCACCUUUGAAGAACAAAUUGGCUCUCCAGAUCUAGUGAUCCUACUAGCUUGCUCUAAUCAGCAGCUGCGUCAGCGCCUGGAGAAACGUGCCCUGCAGCAGGGUCGGCCUGAUGAUAACACCCAUGCUAUUGAGAAGCGACUCGAAACCUUCAAGCACAACAUAACCCUCAUAGCCAAGUAUUACCAGGAGAGAGGACUAAUUAUUAGGGUUGAUGCUGAUCGAGAAGAAGAUGAAAUUUUCACAGAUAUCAAAGCAAUAGUGAAAGAGAAACUGUUCUCAAAAGAAGAAGAACCAAAGGGUUUAUAAGAACUGUGACUACGUUUUGAAAACAACUGUUCUUGCCAGGACCAAGAGGCUUUGAAUAUUUGAGAAGAUCACAUUCUCUUCUUAAGUCUACUCUGCUUUAACCUGUGAUUUACUCCUCUCUCUCUCUCUCUCUCUCUCUCUCUCUCUCUCUCUCUCUCU